AUGAGGGCGUGGAAAUCGGCUUUGCCCUUGGCCCUUUUGGGGAUGGGCGCUUCCAUCGUCGAUGCUAUGCCCACCGCAGAAAAUCUGCACAAGUUGAUGAACGGAGCGGGCCAGAUCCCUAAGAACUGUCCCUAUUCUGAUAUCCAGGGUGGUAGCGUCAAGAGUAGCUUGAACAAGCGACUCCUGGUGAAUUCAUUGAGAACUCCCGUUGACGUCUCCGGUGAUCACGCUUUCCAAGCGCCUGACUAUGACAAUGGCGACCAGCGUGGACCUUGCCCUGGUCUCAAUGCGCUGGCAAAUCAUGGCUAUAUCCCUCGCAGUGGUAUUGUAUCCUUUGCCGAAGUGAUCCCGGCUAUUAACAAAGUGUAUGGUAUGGGCGUUGACCUUGCUACGGUCCUGGCCGUGAUGGGCACUGUUUGGGGAGGAAACCCACUCUCGUUGAACCCUAGCUUCUCGAUCGGUGGCAAGGAUGAUCGGGUCAACAACCUGUUGGAUAACCUGGGUGGCCUGCUGGGCGAUCCACAGGGUAUCAUCGGCACGCACAACUUUGUCGAAUCCGACUCGUCCUUGACGCGCGACGACCUGUAUAUGACCGGGAACAACUACGCUCUCAACAUGACCAAGUUCGAAGAAUUCUACGCAAUGUCCACGGACGGCACGUUUGACAUGGACUUGAUGGCCGAGCGGGCCAAGAUCCGGAUGGACCAGACCAAGGCGACCAACCCGAACUUUUACUACGGACCGGUGACGGGACUUCUUGCACGUAAUGCUGGAUACCUCUUUGUGGGACGCAUUUUCCGGAACCACUCUGAGGAGCAUCCGGAGGGUGUUUUGACCAAGGAUAUCGUCAAGAGCUUCUUCGCCAUUGAGGGAGAAGAGGGCAACUUCACCUACAACGAGGGAUGGGAAAGAAUCCCCUACAACUGGUACAAGACUCCCGUGGACUAUGGACUGGUGCAGCUCAAUCUUGAUACGGUUAGCUUUGUCACCAAGUAUCCCGAGCUGGGCAGCAUCGGAGGCAACACCGGAACUGUCAACAGCUUUACCGGCAUCGAUCUCUCUGACUUGACCGGAGGCGUCCUCAACCUGUCCACUCUCCUCGAGAAGAACAACCUCCUUUGCUUCGUUUUCGAGGUCCUCAAGUUCGCCAGUCCCAGUGCGCUCUCCGGCUUGUAUAAGACGCUGUCCGUGCCGCUCGAGAUGGUCACGAAGGCUAUUGCAGCCCCAUUGCUUAACAUGACGUGUCCGGCUUUCGAUGACCUGAAGAUGGGCGGACAAGAUUUCUUCUCCGGCAUCCAGAGUCAAUAUCCUGGUGCGAACCGGACCGGUGGUGGACUGUAG